GAAUUCGCGGCAACGGAUUGUGUACGGAGGAAGGUCUGUUUCGCUGUUUACAAAGGUGCAUCAGCUCACUCCCUGCUGCUGAAAUGGCAACCCCCGGUGAUGAUAUUCAGGUUAAGGAGAUUGACAAACGUGCAUCUGGCCAGGCAUUUGAGGUGAUCCUGGCAGCUCCGACUCCAGAUGCCAAAGGGGAGUUCCCCUUGUCUCCCCCCAAGAAGAAAGACCUGUCCCUCGAGGAGAUUCAGAGGAAACUGGAGGCUGCUGAGGAAAGGAGGAAGUCCCAUGAAGCGGAGGUACUUAAACACCUUGCUGAGAAAAGGGAGCAUGAGAAGGAGGUUCUAAGGAAAGCCAUGGAGGAUAACAACAAUUUCAGCAAAAUUGCUGAAGAGAAGCUCAACCAGAAAAUGGAGGCCAACAAAGAGAACAAGGAGGCCCUUCAGGCAGCAAUGAGCGAGAAGUUCAAAGAGAAGGACAAGAAACUGGAAGAGGUGCGUGCCAAGAAGGAAACCAAAGAGGGUUGUGCUGAGGCAUCAGAAAACUGAAUAUUUCAGUCUGUAUGGGGAGUUGUGUACUAUAGUUUCUUUUCUUUUUUUUACAUAUCCAAAGAUUGAUUUAUAUGUAGUUGAUGGCCAGUAUUUGUGUUCACUGCCACCCCCUUUGUAUUGAAAUGUUCCCACUCUGAAUUGUUUAACUUCCUGCUAGAAGUGUACUUACAGUAGUUUUACAUGUGGAUAUUUUUGUCCCCUGUUUGCUUCUAUCCCUAGGCUGUCAAACUGUUGAAUCCCAUCCUCGUUCCCUUCAAAUGGCAGUGGAGGAUGGGUUUCAGACCUGUUCAUUCGUUGAGCUUUUAGAAUUUGGGGAAAACGAGGAUGGUGGAAGUGGCUUAGUCUGCUAGUAAACAUUUGAGACAAGCUACAUCUCCGGGAAAUGGCCUUUGUCAUGGCAGCUUCUGACCUAAUACUUGGUGAAGUACUUAUGUAAAGGUUCCUUUACCUUCUCUUCCACUAUCUUUGGAGCAGUGUAUCUACCACGCCCCACUGGUCAUUGCACUUACUGACCGUUAAUCCUCCAUCCCGACUUUUAUUCUAUUGAUCUGUUUUCAAUUUCUUGCAGCUGGUGUUGUAUUGCAGCUUUGCUUGAAAAAGACCUGUGGCUGUCUCUGGUGUCUUAGUCCAGAGGCGCAGUAGCGCUUAACCUCGUCGUACCCUAAAGGAUGCCAUUUCGGACGCGACUUGUCUUACUGACGCAGGUUUAAUGCUUUUGUAGAAAGUGGGGGUUUGUCUCAAACACAUGACUUAAUACUGUUGUAGGGCCAGGAAGGAGCUUUUGCCAGACUUGUUAAUCAUCUAGUAUGUUACUGUGAAAGUGGGUAUGCCCAUGGAAUGCAAUGCACCUUCACAUCUCAAUAGCUAUGGUAACAAGUUGAACUGUUGUACUAACAAUAAAGAAUUCUCACUCUUU